AUGCCUGGGGGUUAUAACUGCUCCUGCCCAGAUGGUAUGGAUGGAGACGGAAGAAAAAGUGGAAGUGGUUGCACUGCCCAUCCAAAGAAGCAAUCCGCGGUGAUGGAAGAAGUUGCUUUAGUGGAUGAAAACCGGCUCAAGCAGUUCAUUAAUGAAAUUGUCAUACUUUCACAGAUCAAUCAUAGGAAUGUGGUUAAACUGUUUGGUUGUUGCUUAGAUGCAGAAUUUCCUCUACUAAUUUAUGAGUUCAUCUCUGGUGGAAACCUUGCUGAAAGGAUUCAUGAGAAAAACAAAGACUUGCUCUUUUCAUGGAACAUUCGUUUAAAAAUCGCCACAGAAAUUGCAAGUGCAGUUGCCUACUUACAUUCAGCAGCCUCCAUACCAAUUUACUAUAGGGACAUAAAAUCUUCAAGCAUACUCUUGGAUGAAAAAUAUACAGCUAAGGUUUCAGACUUUGGGAUUUCAAGAUUGGUUGAAAAUGAUAAAACUCACUUAACUACAUCGGUACAAGGGACCUUUGGAUACUUUGACCCAGAGUACUUUCAGUCAUACCAAUUUACUGAGAAGAGUGAUGUCUUCAGUUUUGGGGUAGUUCUUCUAGAGCUCUUAACAGUAGAAAAAACAAUUUCUUCCAGUAGAUCAUCAGAAGAUAGAUGUUUAGUCACAUAUUUUGCUUCGUCAGUGAGGGAAGACCACUUCUUUAAGAUUCUUGAUCCCCAAAUUAAGCAGGAGGGUAAAACAGAGGAGCUCCAGGCAGUUGCUAACCUUGCAAUGAGAUGCUUGAAUACGAGUGGAAGGGAAAGGCCAACAAUGAUGGAAGUUGCAUCAGAACUCGAAAGAUUAAGAAGGUCGGAUGAGCCUUCGGUAGUCCCCGAUAAUGGCCAAGAGGUGGAGAUCUUCAUCAAUGAAACUUUGAGCUUAUAGCCAACAAGUUCAACCACUUCAACUUCAACCAGCAAGUUUACAAAUUUGGAGAAUAGCAUCAUUUUGCAACAACAGGAACAUCCACUAAUGUUACCAUCUCACACAUUUUAACAAAGAUGAAUGUAUUGCAGAGUGGUGUCUUCUUAAUAGUAAAAUAAUGU